ACCGUCCAUUUGCACCGAUUUACCCGACUCAUAAUUUGACCUCAAAUGGCAUGGCAACAGUUCACCAUUACUCUCCUAUGCCUCUCGUUGAUCUCUCUGUUGAUACGUUACGGCGUCGCUUCCGGUUUCCGAAUUUCUGAUGUUUCCAAUAUCAGCACCGGUUUCCUCCCUUCGCCGGCCGACGGCAGCCAUCACACAACCAUGUUACUUCCGCUUUUUCCUCCGAAAGACACUUCUCGCCGUGCUGAAAUCUCCCGUCGGCACCUCCAGAAAAGCCCUGUCAGUGCUCGCAUGUCUCUCCAUGAUGAUCUCCUUAUCAACGGAUACUAUACAACUCAUAUUUGGAUUGGAACACCACCGCAGAAGUUUGCUCUUAUUGUUGAUACAGGGAGUACUGUUACUUAUGUUCCUUGCUCUUCAUGUAAAAAGUGUGGCAACCAUCAGGAUCCUAAGUUUCAGCCGGAAAAGUCAAGCACUUAUCAAUCUGUGAAAUGUGAUAAGACUUGUCCCUGUGACCUUAAGAGGCAGCAAUGUAUUUAUGAGAGACGGUAUGCUGAGAUGAGUUCAAGUUUCGGGUUGCUUGGAGAGGACGUCAUAUCUUUUGGAAAUCUAAGUGAGCUUGGACCACAACGAGCUGUUUUUGGAUGUGAAAUUGCGGAAACUGGUGAUCUUUACAGCCAACGUGCUGAUGGAAUAAUGGGCUUGGGUCGAGGGGAUGUCAGUAUAGUUGAUCAACUUGUUGGAAAACAUGUAAUCAGUGAUUCUUUCUCCUUGUGCUAUGGAGGGAUGGAUUUUGGUGGUGGGGCGAUGGUUCUUGGUGGAAUAAAAACCCCUGCUCACAUGGUCUUUACCAAAUCAUAUUUUGGUCGCAGCCCGUACUACAAUAUUGAGCUGAAGGAGAUACAUGUAGCUGGGAAGCCGCUGAAAAUAAAUCCUCAGGUUUUUGGUGGAAAACAUGGGACUAUUCUUGAUAGUGGUACCACCUAUGCUUACCUUCCAGAAGCAGUAUUUGUAGCUUUCAAGAGUGCUGUAAUGAAAGAGCUUCAUUCUCUAAAACAGAUCAAAGGGCCUGAUCCUAGUUUUAAUGAUAUCUGCUUUUCAGGGGCUGGAAGCGACGUGUCACAGCUCGCAAAGAACUUUCCGCCUGUUGAUAUGGUUUUCAGUGAUGGAAAUAAACUAACUAUCUCUCCUGAAAACUACUUGUUCCAGCAUUUCAAAGUACGUGGUGCUUAUUGCCUAGGAAUUUUCCCGAAUGGAAAGAAUCCAACUAGUCUUCUUGGAGGAAUCGUUGUUCGCAACACUCUUGUAACUUACGAUCGUGAAAAUGAAAGAAUUGGUUUUUGGAAAACUAAUUGUUCAGAGCUAUGGGAUAGACUGAAUUUAUCUCCUCCUCCACCUCCAUCUCCAUCUACACCAGUGCUUUCAGGCUUGGAUAACCCAAACUCCACUGCACAUAUGUCUCCUUCACCAGCUCCUAGUGGACCUCCUGGGUACGAUAUACCUGGGGAGAUUGAAAUUGGGCUCAUUACAUUUUACUUGUCACUAAGUGUCAACUUCUCAGAGUUGAAGCUACGGAUUCCAGAACUUGCCCAUUCCAUUGCCCAAGAGUUGGAUGUUAAUGUUUCACAGGUUCGCUUAAUGAACUUUUCAACAAAGGGAAAUGAUUCCCUCACUAAAUGGGGCGUCUUUCCAGCAGGAUCUACAGACCUUAUGCCAAAUGCCACUGCAAUGGAAAUAAUAGCUAGGUUGGCUGAACAUCAUCCUCAUCUAAAGGAUUCCUUUGGAAGUUAUAAAUUGUUCAAUUGGGCCAUUGAACCUCCACCAAAAAGGAAGCAUUGGCCGCGAAAUUACUUGGCCCUAGUAGUACCAUUUUUAGUUGUUUUGAUAGUUGGACUAUCAGCUCCUAUUGGAUGGUUAAUUUGGAGGCGAAGGCAAGAACGGGCUCUACCUUAUGAACAGGUUGGAAGUGUUGAAACUGUUGCUCACGAGCAAGAACUACAGCCGCUAAAAUGAAAGGGAAUUAUUUGCCAAGGAUGGUUCAUGGUAAAAAGGAAAUUUUGAAGUGGAAGUGUUGAUCUCUUAUACAAACAAAUUCAUGGUUUGAAUUUUAUGGGUUCGAGUUCAGAAUUCUACCCCAACCCAUAUGGUUUAUUGGGUUGGCAAUCUAUUAUUUGUACUUCAGUACAAAAAAAUUUAACACAUAUAUAUAUAAGGUUAGGAACUUGGGAUAAGUUAAAUAUGUCCUUUUGUUCUUCAUACCACUACCACAUCGUAUGCUGUUUCUUUUCUCUCUUCUUAUUGUGGUGUAUUUCAUGACCGUUCACAUUCAUUUUUCUAGCAGGUGCCUGUAUUAUUUUACCUGCAUAAAUACCAAAGUAUAUUUAUGAAAACUUA